AUGUACCAGAGCCUGGCGCUGGCCUCCAGCCCCGGCCAGGCCUCCUACGCCGACUCGGGCGCCUUCCUGCACGCGCCGGGCUCUGGCUCCCGCGUGUUCGUGCCGCCAGCGCGCGUGUCUAACCUGCUGCCCUACCUGCCCGCAUGCGAGCCGGGUCCGCAGCCCCCCGCACUCGCCGCGCACCGUGGCUGGACGCAGGCAGCCGCCGACUCGUCCGCCUUCGGAGCGGGCAGCCCUCACCCGCCGCCCGCGCAGCCGCCCGGGUCCGCCGCCUUCCCCUUCGUGCACAACCCUCCCGGGCCGGGCGGCGGCGCGGGCGGCCGGGAGUGCGGCGCCUACCAGGGCGCGCUGCUGGGUCGCGAGCAGUACGCGGCCCCGCUCGGGCGACCUGUGGGCGCUUCAUACGGCAGCGCCUACCCGGCCUACGUGAGCUCCGAUGUGGCCCCGACCUGGGCUUCCGGACCCUUCGACACCAGCGUCCUCCCGGGCCGCAGAGCCUCCUUCGUGCCUGACUUCUUGGAAGAGUUCCCUGGUGAGGGCCGUGAGUGUGUCAACUGUGGGGCUCUGUCCACACCGCUGUGGCGCCGGGAUGGCACAGGCCACUACCUGUGCAACGCCUGUGGUCUCUAUCACAAGAUGAACGGAGUCAACCGGCCUCUGGUGCAGCCACAGAAGCGCCUGUCGUCCUCCCGCCGGGCGGGACUUUGCUGCACCAACUGCCGUACAACCAACACGACGCUGUGGCGACGGAGCACGGAGGGGGAGCCUGUGUGCAACGCCUGUGGCCUCUACAUGAAGCUGCACGGGGUGCCACGGCCUCUGGCGAUGAGGAAGGAGAGUAUCCAGACAAGAAAGAGGAAGCCCAAGGGCAGCGCCAAGGCCAAGGGCCCAUCGGGGUCUGUCAUGAGCACCACAGCCUCCCUGUCCUCUGUCCCCAACUCUAAGAGCUCAGCAGCUGUUCUGAAGCCCGAACCCAGCCUGGUGUCUUCAACGUGCCCCGGAUUCAGCACCACCUCCCAGGCCCCCAGCCAGGUGGACGAGGCCCUGCCCCCUAGCCACUUGAAGUUCAAGUUCGAGCCUGAGGACUUUGCCUUCUCAUCUGCUGCCCUGGCUCCCCAGGCUGGCCUCAGUGGGGCCCUGCGCCAGGAGGCCUGGUGUGCGCUGGCCUUGGCCUAG